AGAGGUGACGCUAAAGGUGCACGUCAGCGACGCCAGCACCCACCAGCCAGUAGCGGACGCGCUCAUCGAGAUCUUCACCAACCAGGCCUCCAUCGCCUCUGGCACCUCGGGGACCGAUGGCGUCGCCUUUAUCAAGUUCCAAUAUAAGCUGGGCAGUCAGUUGAUCGUCACCGCCUCGAAGCAUGCCUACGUGCCAAACUCUGCCCCGUGGAAGCCAAUCCGGUUACCUGUAUUUUCUUCUCUGAGCCUUGGCCUGCUUCCAGAACGCUCUGCCACUCUAAUGGUAUAUGAAGAUGUCGUCCAGAUAGUAUCAGGAUUCCAAGGUGCCCGGCCACAGCCUCGCGUUCAUUUCCAGAGAAGGGCUCUGAGGUUGCCGGAGAACACCAGCUACAGUGACCUGACCGCGUUUCUCACGGCCGCCAGCUCCCCUUCGGAGGUGGACAGUUUUCCUUAUUUGCGAGGAUUAGACGGAAAUGGAACAGGAAACAGCACCAGGCAUGACCUGACCCCAGUCACAGCCGUCAGUGUCCACUUGCUGAGCAGUAAUGGAACGCCGGUGCUGGUGGAUGGUCCCAUCUAUGUCACUGUGCCCCUGGCCACGCAGAGCAGCCUGAGGCACAAUGCCUAUGUCGCGGCGUGGCGGUUUGACCAGAAGCUGGGAACGUGGCUGAAGAGCGGUCUGGGUCUUGUGCACCAGGAAGGCAGCCAGCUGACGUGGACGUACAUUGCCCCCCAGUUGGGGUACUGGGUGGCCGCCAUGUCCCCUCCCAUCCCAGGAGGAAUGGCUUUCAUACUUUUGGUUUUGCUGUGUCUCCUUUUAUAUUAUUGCAGGAGGAAGUGCUUGAAACCUCGUCAGCACCACAGAAAACUGCAGCUACCUGCAGGACUGGAGAGUUCCAAAAGAGACCAGUCCACCUCCAUGUCACACAUCAACUUGCUGUUUUCGCGCCGAGCAUCAGAAUUCCCUGGCCCGCUGUCCGUCACCAGCCACGGCCGCCCCGAGGCCCCAGGCACGAAGGAGCUGAUGAGUGGAGUCCAUUUGGAAAUGAUGUCUCCUGGCGGGGAAGGGGACCUGCACACCCCCAUGCUCAAGCUCUCCUACAGCACCUCCCAGGAAUUUAGCUCCCGGGAGGAGCUCCUGUCUUGCAAGGAAGAGGAUAAAAGCCAGAUCUCCUUUGAUAACCUCACGCCAAGCGGGACGCUGGGGAAAGACUACCAUAAGUCAGUGGAGGUUUUUCCCUUAAAGGCAAGAAAAUCUAUGGAAAGAGAAGGCUACGAGUCCUCGGGCAAUGCUGACUACAGGGGUAGUUACAACACCGUGCUCUCACAGCCUUUAUUUGAAAAGCAGGACAGAGAAGGUCCAGCGUCUGCAGGAAGCAAACUCACCAUUCAGGAACAUCUGUAUCCCGCACCUUCAUCGCCUGAGAAAGAACAGCUGCUGGACCGCAGACCAACUGAAUGUAUGAUGUCGCGAUCGGUCGAUCACCUCGAGAGACCUACGUCCUUCCCGCGGCCCGGCCAGUUGAUCUGCUGCAGUUCUGUCGACCAGGUCAAUGACAGCGUUUACAGGAAGGUGCUGCCCGCCUUGGUCAUCCCGGCUCAUUAUAUGAAACUCCCCGGGGACCACUCCUAUGUCAGCCAGCCUCUGGUCGUCCCGGCUGAUCAACAGCUUGAACUAGAAAGACUACAGGCUGAGCUGUCCAGUCCCCAUGCCGGGAUCUUCCCACACCCGUCCUCGCAGAUCCAGCCCCAGCCCCUGGCUUCCCAGGCCAUCUCUCAGCAGCACCUGCAGGACGCAGGCACCCGGGAGUGGAGCCCUCAGAAUGCAUCCAUGUCGGAGUCUCUCUCCAUCCCAGCUUCCCUGAACGACGCGGCUUUGGCUCAGAUGAACAGUGAGGUGCAGCUCCUGACUGAAAAGGCGCUGAUGGAGCUUGGGGGUGGGAAGCCACUUCCACACCCCCGGGCGUGGUUCGUCUCCUUGGAUGGCAGGUCCAACGCUCACGUUAGACAUUCAUACAUUGAUCUCCAAAGAGCUGGAAGGAACGGAAGUAAUGAUGCCAGUUUGGACUCUGGCGUGGAUAUGAAUGAACCAAAAUCUGCCCGGAAGGGAAGGGGAGACGCUUUGUCUCUGCAGCAGAACUACCCGCCCGUCCAAGAGCACCAGCAGAAAGAGCCUCGAGCCUCAGACAGCACGGCCUACACGCAGCUCGUGUACCUGGAUGACGUGGAACAGAGUGGCAGCGAGUGUGGGACCACGGUCUGUACCCCCGAGGACAGUGCCCUGCGAUGCUUGUUGGAGGGGUCGAGUCGGAGAAGUGGUGGCCAGCUGCCCAGCCUGCAGGAGGAGACAACCAGACGGACUGCGGACGCCCCCCCGGAGCCAGCCGUCAGCCCCCAUCAGAGAAGAUCUGCCCACGAGGAAGAGGAAGAGGAUGAUGAUGAUGACCAAGGAGAAGACAAGAAAAGCCCCUGGCAGAAACGGGAGGAGAGGCCCCUGAUGGCGUUUAACAUUAAAUGAGCUAUCGCAGAGCCACCUGACUGUGGAAUAUAAAAUUGCCAAAUAUCCUUUCUCAUGGAAGCACGUACCCAUUCGUGGAGGAAACGGAACGGCAGCCCCGCCAUGGGACGGACGUGGACGUUUACUGCAUUCCUGUUUGCCGUGUAAAUGUUAGAAGGGAAUUAAAGUUAUUACUCAGAAUAAAGGAUGACUUUGGCGGAUGUCGCCCCUGCAAGGAGGUGGCUGAAAGUGGUGUCCAGAUGUCCUUCCGGGGACUUGAUGUAUCCGCCACCAGGGACAUUAAGAAACCGCACGUGAUGUCGCUACGCUCUAACGAUCACCUCAGUUCUCCCUCUGAUUCUGGGAACAGAUGAAACUCUUUUUGCAUCGCUUGAGUCAUUUUUAUCACAAUAAUCCUACUGUGAAGCUGUCAUUGAGAACUUAGGUUGGCACGUAGCGUCUCAAGGUAUGCGUUCUCUGGAAGGAAAGCUAUGCAUCGCUGCUUCGUUGUCUGAUUUUGCUUAGAUUUUGCUUUGGUUAGGUUGCGUUUUGGGGUUUGCCUUUUUUUGUUGUUGCUUCAAUGCAAUUUGGUUGUAAAGAGUUGAUUCCUUUGUGUUCAUCUGUUCUGCUUCUCAGCAGUCCAUCUCAGUGUCUCCCUUCAGGAACCGCCGAGUGUCCUCUCGUAACAUCCAAGCCUUUUAAUGAAAUCGUACUGAAAUCUGUAUCAGCUAUGAGUCCUCCAAUCCUGGUCCCAUUAACUCCAAGUGCCUUUUUUACAGUGACAACAGACAGUCCCUCGCUUUUUGUUGUUGUUGGUUUUAUUAACUCGUUUAAUGAAACUGCCUGGAUUUUAUACAGUUAUUAAAGGAUGUCCCUUUUGCUUUAAACUGCAUGCUGCCAAGUGCCAUUUGGGGUCAGCAUCCUCAUUUCAACACAGUGUGCUCUCUAGUUAUCAUGUGUAACGUGGGUUCUGUUUAGCGAAGAUAGACUAGAGGACACGUUAGAGAUGCCCUUCCCUGUUCCAUCCCUGUGGCACCGUUAUGGUUUUUUGGCUGUUUGUAUAUACGGUUACGUAUUAACUCUGGAAUCCUAUGGACUCAUCUUGCUCACCCAACGUGGGAGUCUGGAUUGAGCAAGUGGGCUGAAUGUGACUAUUAAAAAAAUUAAAAAAAAAAAAAUCUUAUGUACUAUCCAAAAGUGCCAGAAUGACUCUUCUGUGCAUUCUUCUUAAAGAGCUGCUUGGUUAUCCAAAAAUGAAAAUUCAAAAUAAACUCUGAAGAAAAGGAAAA